AUGCCUGCUAAGAAAGCUGCCUCUGGCAAGUCCGCCACCCACGCUUCAUACAAAGAUAUGAUCAAGGACGCCAUCAUCAACCUGAAAGAACGUAAUGGAAGCAGCCGUCAAGCGCUGAAGAAGUACGUCCAGCACAACAACACCAUCACCGUCACCUCCCAGGCCACCUUCGACGCGCAGUUCAACCGCGCUCUCAAGGCCGCCGUCGAGAAGGGAGAAUUCACCCAGCCAAAGGGUCCCUCCGGCCCAGUGAAGCUCGCUAAGAAGGAGACCAAACCAGCUGCUAAGCCAGCUGCCAAGAAGGCUGCUAAGCCCGCUGCUAAGACAGCGACUAAGAAGGCCUCCUCCACCAAGAAGGCCGCUGCAAAGACCGACAAGGCCGACAAGGAGGAGAAGAAGCCGAAGAAGGCCGCCGCUACCACAAAGAAGGCUGCUGCCCCCAAGACCCCCAAGCCCACCAAGGCCAACACCACCAAGCAACGCAAGGCCACUUCUUCCGCCCCCGCUGUCGUUGAUGUUCCCAAGGUGCUAGGCCAGACCAAGUCCGGCAGAGUGACCAAGUCAUCUGCUAAGCCCACCGCUAAGAAGGCCGCCGCUUCAAAGAAAAAGGCCGCCUCCUCCACAAAGGGAACACCCAAGAAGGCCACUGCCACUACCUCCAGCUAA